AUGAAGAUGCUCCUCUUGGCUACGAUUCUGCUCACGCUGUCCGGUGUUCUCACUCAGAGCACAGAUUGGGGCGUGAAAUAUCCUGAUAAGCCGAUCUGUGCUGUGAGAGGAUUCAGUGUCUCCAUUCCCUGUAGUUAUUAUUAUCCACAGCAAAAUUAUCAGGUGAUAGAAAAGCUUUGGUGCUCAGUGAACCCAAACAAAGAUCAGUGUUAUGGCCCACCGUAUGUUUAUAACAGCUCAUCAAACACCAACUCAGACUUUGAGUACGCUGGAGACGACAAAUCAAACUGCACUUUGUUAAUCCACAAUCUACAGUUUAACAAUUCUGGAACGUACAGAUUCAGAUUUAUAACUAAUGUGACCGAAGGCAAAUGGACCGGUUUACCUGGAGUGAUUCUACAAGUUGCAGAUUUAAAGGUGUCACUAAUCAGGCUCAGUGGAAAUGGAACCCUUAAACAAGGAGACUCGUUAAAUCUGACGUGUGAUGUGAACUGCACACACAGUUCCUCACAGUUUGUGUGGUCUAAUAACAACGAGCAGUUAAACACAUCAAGACCUGUUCUUCACUUUCCUGCUCUAACCGUGAGGGAUUCUGGGAAUUACACCUGCACUUGGGAAACCAAUGAGGCGUCAGGAUCUGAAACGAUCAGCCUUCAGGUCGAGGGUGAAAAUCCUGAAAAUCCUGAUCAUUGGCCAAUCUGGAUCAUUGUUGUGUUGACAGCUGGACUGAUUUUCAUCAUCGUAGCUAUCCCAGCUGUGAUUUACAACAGGAGGUUUCUGUGUGAGCGCAGGAGUGUCUACACUGAGCAGCAGAAGGAGGACGAUUCUGAUAUCUACGCUAAUGUCCAGCAGAAGGAGGACGAUUCUGAUAUCUACACUAAUGUCCAGCAGAAGGAGGACGAUUCUGAUAUCUAUGCUAAUGUGUAA